GUGGAGACCAAACCUCCACCAAUGGAAUACAAUUCAUGAUACCGGAUCGGUGUAUACAAACUUGAGUAAAUCGGAAUGAAGUCGUAUAUUUGAGUGAUUAUUUACCACGAUGUCCGAAUGGAAUAAAUAUUUUGUUUUAUCGUUCAGUUGACGAUUGAAUGUUGUGCGUCAACUUUGCCUGGCUGCUGCUUUAAUUUGGUGGUAGUGGUCUCUAUAGCUUUUGAAUUCUCACACGGAGAAGAGGAAAUUGAACGUUGCGUGAGGGUCAUUGUCCUAUUUCUAUUAUAAGAGGGAAAGGUCUUCCUUGUGUUUAAGGCAUCUCAUCUCAAUGGCAUCGCCAGCACAGAAUACAUAAAUAACAGGGGACUAAUUACGAAACAUCAAGCUCCAGCUCUACACUAGCAGCCAUGGACCCACUACCGGAGUACUCAAUGUUUCUAGUUAGGAUCCUGGAAGAGCUUGACACUAAACAUAGCAGUGUCUCCUAUCAGGAUCUGUGUAAGUCCCUGUGUGCCCGUUUUGACCUUGUCCACCUGGCCAAGUUACGGAGCCUUCUGUUCUACACAGCGUGCCUGGACCCGGCGUUCCCUGCCACGCUCUUCAAAGACAAGAUGAGAUGUACAGUCGAGGACCAGCAGUCGAAGAAACUCAUGGUGGCGGCAGAUAUAGUCACCAUGUUUAACCUCAUCCAGAUGAACGGAGGCAUCGCAAAAGACAAGCUUCCGAUGGCACCGCCCAGGCCCAAGUUCCACAAGAACCAGUCGUUUGAGUCGUGUAGGUCCCAAACGGACACCUAUAAGUAUCAAGACUGCGAGAGGGGCGGCGGUUAUGACCUCAUUGAUCAACCUCCCAGGGCGGGCCACCAGCACCGCCCCAUGUCCCAGAACAACUCCCCGCAUCCCCACCCACAUCCCCACUCGGCCAGCCCGAAAUCCAACUGCGCCAACUGCAGCCCGCGGUUCAUCCCGACCUCUGACCCUAACUUCCUGUUGGGCGUCAACAAGGAUCUGAAAUGUCGAGCAGCCUCGCUCGAUAAGCUCCAGCACUUGCCCCAGUACUCAAGUGGCAGUCCUCCCUCGCCGCCCUGUGAGAUGCAGAGCACCUACUUUCCCAUGGACAUCGACAGUGAGUCUACCACAGACCAGGAGUCCCUGCAGCACAUCAACCACACGGAGCCCUUCUCCGUCCACUCCUGUGUCCAGAAGAGGAACAUCUUCAAGGAGGAUUUUCACAACCUGCAGGCAUUCUCCACACAGGUUAUUCCCUCAGAGUGCAAACCAAACGUCAGGGCAACUGGAGGCUACCACCGGAGGGAGCUCCACAAACCUGCCACAUUCUUCAACCACAGCUUCGAGCUCCCCUACAGCAACCCCUACUUUGAACCUGCUAUGAACUCUCCUAUUCAGGAGAAACGACGAGCAAAGCACGAGAGUCUGGACGACCUUCAGGCAUCUACGUAUUUUGGCCCGACUACGGUGACGGAGUGUAUAAACACACGGAGGAGCUCGUCCAAGCCGGCCAAGCCGCCAUCUUGGCCUGUGAAGAGCCUGAGCCUGAACAUGGAAGAAGGGCAUCCAGAUUUCGAGAGGUCGUUUCUGAAUGUAGAACCGCUGAAAGACAACCAUCGCCACAACAUCAUAAAUAAAGAAAAUGAGCAGCACUUUCAGUGUGCCAAAGGGAAAGUAACAGCCUCCCCUUCUGGGUUUGCAAAGAAAACCAAUGGUUUGAAAACCAAGGAUAUGUCUUCAAUAGGGUGCGGUCCUGGGGUGGGUGUCGACAAAAGAGAGAUUGGGAAAAGAUUUAAAGAGAAAAGCCUCAGCAGUGCCUCGUUUCAGGGAGGUAACAUUGACAGCUCGUCUAGCGUGGGGACCCAAACUGAGCAGGCCGAACAGAAGAAGCUUAAAGACUACACUGCUAACGCUGCGCACGCGAAAUACGGUGAGAGAGAGAGACACUCGUUUAAACACUCCGACGAGGACUCUGAGAUGAUCAGCGAUGACAUUAGCGACAUCUUCCGAUUCCUUGAUGACAUGAGCGUGUGCGACUCUCUGGGUGUCAUCCAGUCGUCAUGCUACAACAGCAUCGGAUCUCUCUCUCAGGCCACCAUGAAGUCGGACGGCGACAGCUCGCCUGAACGCAGCACAGUCAAACUGGCCAAGUCCAAGCUGGACCGCCUCUUUCACUCCCUGGAGAACACGGACGAUGAGCUCAAAUCGAGCGUGUGCAAGCUGGUGACAAGGAUAGGUGUGAUUGAGAAGAAGCUGGAGUCCUUAUCCGGAGUCCGAGGGGAGAUUUCGCAGGUGCUCUCUAAGCUCACUAAACUUGAUGAGAAGAUCCAGGAGCCUGAGACCAACGGGAGACCGGGUGAAAACGCUUCAGCCAGCACCUCCACCCCCGACAACCUCCACCCGAACCCUCACCCUGACUCCAACCUCUCGCCCCACGUCUUCCAGUGCCACACAACAGGCCACAAUGUGAAAGUGGACAGCGGCUCCGCAGAGUGGGGCUGUUCAGACAGUGAGAGUCUGAGGGUCAAGGCAAUUAAGAAGAGUAUGUUCACACGGAGGUCGUCACGCUCGCUUAACGAGGAGAGCAUCGCCGCAGAGUCAAAGGUGGCGAGCAUCACCAACUCGCCACGGGACUGGAGGACGGUGUCGUAUUCCUCGCACCCUGGGGAGGAGGGCCAGGACAGGGACAGAGACAAGGACAGACACAGGAAAGCCAAAGAGUAUGAGAUUGCCCCACAGGUACACCGGUCAUCUAAGCCAUCCAAGGACUCCUACCUGAUCCAGCAGGUUUUCUCUCCUCACCCUUUCCCCCCCUCGGUCAAGUCCCACGUCAAGGGCAGCCCCCUGUACACAGACCUCCGACUGACCGGUCUGUCAGGUGAUGGGAAACGUGGCCAGCCCUCCUGGACCGCCGACGAGUACAAGCGCAACGCCGGCGUCGACAAGGGCAAGCAGUUGACCACCCUGGACCUGCAGACGCAGGAGUCCCUGAACCCCAACAAUCUGGAGUACUGGAUGGAGGACAUCUACACACCAGGUUACGAUUCCCUCCUAAAGAGGAAGGAGGCGGAGUUUCGGAGGGCCAAGGUGUGCAAGAUCGGGGCUCUGAUAGCCGCGGCUGCCUGCACUGUGAUUCUAGUAAUCGUCGUGCCAAUAUGCACUAUGAAGUCGUGAAGAUAUGCGAGAUGUCGUUGCCAAGUGCUCAAUUCUGAACACUGCAAAUCAGGAGCUACUUUGUCUGAGUGGUCCCAAAUGGAGAGUAGUCACCUUCCCACUGCCCCUUGUUGAUUCUGGCUAGUUGUUGAAGGACUAAAUACUGUAUGGUGAGCAAUUGGUAUCAGCCCCAAGUACAGAAGGGGCUGAUUGACCUCUGUGGACAUUUGAAGAGUGAAUUGCAGUACAUGUGUUUUUGAAUGUGAAUCAGGCCUAUGUUCGUGGUAUUGCAAUCAGGCCUAUGUUAUUUCAACAGUAUUUAGUUGUGUGAUGCGGCAGGAUACGCCAAAGGUAUUGGGAAAUUCUCAGUCCACAUUCUUUUCUAUUUACUGUUGCCUAUGUUUACUUAUGGAUGUCAUGUAUUUCUAAUGAAAGAUGGACAAUUUGCAGCAGGAAUGGAAAUGGCACAAUGUCUUUUUGUUUUUGUUAAAGAUCUAUUGUUGUUGUACAAUGUUCCCGAAGGUUAAGUGAUCAACAUUAUUGUCACUUUCCUUUGCCAAAGGGGAAAUCUACAGUAUCAAACAAAACAAGUUGAACUAAAACAGAUCAUCUGUAAAGUAUAUGGUCGACAGCUGGAUUUGUUUUUGUAGACAGCGUCUUUAUAUUUUUAUUUUUUAGUAUAAUUGCUGUAUAAUGUAUUUUGAUCAGAAUUAUUUUUGAUGGAUUAACUGGUAGAAUAUGAUGAGAUGCACCAGGUAUAAUUUAUCACUAGUUAUAAUAGUAAUUAUAUUAACCAGAGUUUCAAUGAAUGGGAUUUGUGCAAUGCAUUUUCUAUGUAUACAUAUUUAUUGGAGUUGCCAUAUACAAAUAACAAAUAGUACUUAGAUGGCAAAAACAGUAGGCUAAUAGGACACCGCUAUGCCAACCAGAAUGUAUUGAAAGCAACAUUUCUUACAGAAAGCGCAAAACAUUUAGCAUUUGUCAUUGUUAUUCAGUUUAGUUGAAAGUUUAUAUUUUUUCAUCACAAAAUACGCUCAACUACUAGUCAGCAGCACACACUGUUCUUUGACUGUGAGAGUGUUAAUGCAGUAAAUACUUGAAGUUCCAUUGUUGACUAGCUGAGCGCGUCUCUGAGAGAGAGAGACUUGUAUUAGUUCAGUCAGCAGUAUCAACUGCACCAGAGGCGCCGGCUGUCAGAAAGAAACAGAAACACGCGCUGCAAAGCUUUUUAUGAAGUACUGCGUUGCCUUAUUGACAGUCAUAGCACGCGUGUAGUCCUAGAGUGAGAAGUGAAGAAAUAUCGUGACUAAAUGCUCAGCGGCAUCUCACACCUUCUUGCUUUACUGUAGUUUGGUAACGUGCCCAUGACGGGAUUACUGUACGCUGUGCUUUGAAGGUUUAUAAGGCAUCAUUGCUCUUUGUAAGAAGUCAACUCUGCCAUUAACUGAAAUUCCAAUUCCAAAUUUGAAUCAUUUAAAAGCAUUAAAGAGGAUAUGAAUUUCAGUGUUCUUCCUGAAUUGAUUGGAAUUGAAAUGGAAUUGAUCCCAAUUCUGCUCAGCUGUAGCCCAGCCCUGCCUAUCCAUCUAGUCUCCUUAGAGGCCUUAGAACCACACAAUGCAAACUGCCUGCUGUUGAAAUUGUGUCCGAGUAGACUGGAAAAUGUCCUCGUCCCAACAUCAGUUGUGGUGGUGGUGAUGAAAUGAAAUGAAGAAGAUGAAAAGAGGAACCGUUUCUUAAUUUUGGGACACAAUCUGAGUCUCUCCUCCACUCAUAAACCUGAGCCCAGAGACACUGCACAAACCGAGAUGCCCGGUCAAACAGAUACCGUAUCACCCAGACUACUGGAAGUUGAGUGACGCCAGAUCAAGACAUUGCUGGUUUUCCACUCAAAUGUUUUAGGCUGUGUUUCAGGCAGACUACACAAACCUACUGGCAGUAGUGCUGAGCGAUUAAUGUUUCUUUUGUUAUUAAAUAAGUAAUGGAAACACUAGGCUUUGGGGAGGUAGAUUCUUUAGGCAAAGACCCAACCUAGACCAGCACAGAAAAUGAACUGCCCUGACCAUAACAUCCUGAAUAGGCACGGACUGAGAACGAAGGAUGUAGAACCCCGUGACGAGCCACAGUAAGGUUGCUCUGCUGACGGCUGAAAUGCUUAAUGAGCCCUUAACGAGAAAGCACGCUUUUGUCUACUUUGAAGAACGCCUGAGACAGUUCAGUCAGACAGCUCUGUUGUGGCGUUAGGCAGCUAGUGUCUUGAAUGUGACACAGAAAAAAGUAUUUAUCUGUCCAAAUAAUUGUGUAUAUGAUACCUUUUGGUCAUAGAAAGUGAGGUGGGCUUGUGCCUGAGUCUGCUGCUACUGUCCUCUAAAUGUAUGUCAGGCAUUGUUGCGUGCACUCAGCUUACAAACCCAGUGUCAGCUUCACUUUCUAUUUGCCUCUUGCUAAUUGUUUGUUGUGAUUCACUGAAAAAAACAACAACAUCUAAACCAACUCGCAUUUCAAUUCAAUCAUAAUAUUAAAGGGUUAUGAAUAAAUGAUGGUGAUAAGCACUGCAGUAAUGGCCCAGUGCUGCCAUGAUGGGGUUGUUAUUGUUUUAACCUGUUAUGUUACAGCAUUUAAACCACAGUCCAUGACAGGUAAAAUGCAGGUGAUGGACAGUGAGGAGAGAAGAGAGUUCGAAGGGCCCCAGCUGUAGACAUCAUUUGGGAUUCCUUUGAGAAAACACAACAAGAAAUUGCAAUAUGCAGUAUAUUCAAAAUGGUGCAACGUUUUGGUUUUUUUGACAGGGAAAACAAUCAACCCUACUUACCUUAAAUACGGUAUUUAAUAAUUUCAUAUUUACAAAAACAAUUUAGGGUAAUAUUUUAUUAUUAUUUUGUAAUAAACUAACCACAAUCCAACAGAUCAUACAAUAUACAUGUCGCUCAGCAGUACCUGACAGAUAACUGCUAGAAAGUUUUAUUUCAACUGAUAUUUCAGUUGUUCUCAGUGAAAUUUCCAUUCCUGAAUUUCUUUUGUCUGGCUGAAUCAUUUACAUUAUCCAUCUUAGUGUUAGUUCAUGAACUCAUCAAAAACCCAGGUCAAUAAAUAUAAAAACACCUACUACUUCCAGUAUUAAAGGCAUGAAUGUGUGUAAUGUUAUUUAUUUCUAUUUAAUUGUUUAACUGGU